AUGCAUCCAAAAGCCGGCACGUUGACUUACAGUGUAGGAUGGUGUUGAGGUGCGGGGAAAAGCAAUUGCAGGAAUGUGUGCUGGAGUAGUGGGGAGGAUGAGGAUAAGAUUCAUAGAAAAACCAACACACCAACUUGCUACCAAGUGAUCUCCAAAAUUAUUGCAGGGAUAGGUCCCGAGGUUCUGAAGCUUGCAGGCGAAAAUCGAAAAUCUGGUGGGGCCCAAGCACCUCCCUCCCGGCUGGACCCGUCGGGUUGUCUCGGCUAAUAUCUAGUUUAUUUAGUGGGGCCAGCGGCAUCAGAUCGGCCAGAAUCAGCAGGUGGGAUGUAGACUGACAGCGCUGGGGUUACAAUGUCGCUGUGGCUGUGGCUGCAACACCGUGGGGAGUGGCUGCCCAGCCAGCCUUGCCCUUAACGCGUCGCGUCUCUCUGUAUUCCUGAGAAGGCAGGGGGCACUUGGACAUGUAAAGUCCUAGAGUGCUACUUGAACUGCAGCAUUGUUAUGACUGCAAACCACCACCACCACCACUAAUCCCACCAGCACACACCAGCACAAAUCCCCUCAUCAUCUCUCAUACCUGCUGUGCUGGCCUUGCCAAGGGAAAUAUGCCUCUUCAAAAGUCAUUCUCCGACCAGAACCACUCUAAUAAGGCAAGAAUCGGUUUGUGUUCCCCAUGGAAAUUCAUCACUAACCAUCUGCGCGUAACAGCAGCAACCACAGAACCGAUCACAAUGGGCCCGAAAUAAGAGCUACCAAGGCCCGCAGAAAGCCAAGAACCCUCCAUCCAAACCUCUACAAGAAAAGCCUCAAGUCCCUGUUUCUACGGCUACAAAGAAUAAACUCAGCAACUUUCAAUUCACUGGGCAAAAACCAGACCUCAAGGAACCAAUCAUUAUAAGCUUGCUUUCCGAUGACGACAAGGAAAACUCUGAGGCCAGUUUUGGAACACUCAACAAAAGCUCUCCACGAAAAGAUUCCCCCGAGAAAGCGAAAACUCCUACACAUGAACAACCUUCACUUCCCGAACCACCAAAGCGCGAUGUCCCAAGAACCCCCGCGAAUAGAUUGGCAUUGCCUGAAUUGAUAGGAAUGAGCGAUGUACAGAGAGCCGUGCAAAAGAAUGUAUCUCCAGAGGAUCGAAUAGAGUGGAAACAUGAUGACGAUUCCCCGCCUAUGACAACGCCUUUUAGGCUGCGAAGGGCAAAGAAGAGAGCUAGAAGUUCUUCACCUCCGGCAUCCUCACCAGCACCACCAUAUUUUAGAAAUGAUAAUCUUCAAGUCGACCCUGGAUCUGAAUUAUGGGGACGCUACUCGCUGAAUGGGGCAAAUUCCACAACACCCCAGGACCAUACCGUACCUGCGCUAGCACAUAUCAUGGAAAACUCCUCUCCCCAACCUUCUCGGAAUGGCAAUACACCACGAGGAGUUGCAGGAUUUCGAAGAGCAAAUAGUUGUGGAACUCAAUUUCCCAAGCGUCGGAAAAUUGGGGCUUCCGAUGGCGAUGUUUUCACAGAACCUGUUAAUAUCGGUCCUUCAAAAUUAUCGGUUUUGAUCGAACGAGUUCAGGAAAGUAUGUCCCAACCAAGAGACCCUUUCUGUGAGAGCAAAUCCCCAAAACGAUCGAGUCCUUCUCGCGCGUCGUAUAAGAAAGGUAUAUUAAUCGUUGACCGCAACUCGCCAAAGCUUCAAAAGGAAGGCCGUGGCUCAUCAUCCUAUAAAGAACACCAGAAAGAAGUUGUUGCAGAGGAAAUUUACCAGAGAGAAGAAUCAGUGAAACCUGAAUCUGAUUACGGUGACGAAUUUGAUGACGACGACCUUGAUGCCGGUCUUCUGGAGACACUGGAAUCACAAUCCUUUCAGAAAACAUCAAAUAUUCAACCAAAAUCUUUAUAUGUGCGUCCAGGUCCACCACCUCAACCCCCAAGUCUACCAAAGAAGUCCGCAUCAACUCCAAAACCAGAGCAUGUCACACCGUCGAAUAAGAGGAAAGCAGAAGCGGAUGACUUUGGAGACUUUGAUGAAUUUGAUGAUGAUGAUUUUGGGGAUUUGGAGCAGGUGGUGUCUCAAUUUGAUAGACGUUCUCCAGUGAAGAAGCUCCAGUUGCCAAGCGUAUCUAGAAAUCAGAAAGCUGCGCCACAGGUAUCAAAUGCAGACUCUGAUGAUGAGUUUGGAGAUGGCGAUCUCGACGUUGAUGAUUUUGAAGCUGCGGUAGCUGCUACCCAGUCUAUACCAAAAUCUGCUAGAGGGUUGAUACCUGUACGUACAAGAUAUUCGUAGCAAUAUAUAGCACCAACAUAAGCUAAGAUUAUUGUAGACCACACGAAAAGUACAGGCAAUCCAAAGAUAUCUAGUCAACGCCAUAACACUCUCUAAAUAUCAGAAUGCUAAAGAACGUUGGUGUGAUGAAAAGGUUGGUUUUUACCAUCCACAAAAUACAGAAUGCUAACCUCUCUAGAUUCUCUUCCUCGAGGUUGAAAACACCAAAACUACCGUAUUCGUCAAUCUUCGUGGCGAUUGGCAACAUACUCCUGUUACUGUCAAAGCCUAUGUCCAUGUCAUUGGUUCUUUCCAUAAGUCACAAUGCAUCAUCGACGAUGAGAAGAAUAUGUUGAUUCUUCACCCCGAUCAUCUUGUAUCAGCUACCGUUGUUGCUGAUUCCUUUGGCUGUACUCGACGAGCUGUACUUCAAGAUAGAGUCAAGGCUACCGGUGAUGCUGCCCCUCCAAUGGUGUAUGGUACUCUUCUGCAUGAGAUCUUUCAACAAGCGCUGGUUGCGAACAGAUGGGAUAGUGAAUGGCUGGAGGAAGUGAUUGAGAGUGUCGCUACCAUGCAUGUUGAGGACCUCUAUACCAUCAAGAUACAGAUUCCACAUGCCAUUGAAUAUCUCAAAAGCAAAAUGCCUGAGCUCCAGGCUUGGGCGGAGCUUUUUGUAUCUUCUCAACCCAAGGUAAGUGAUUCAUCUCCCUUCAGAUGCAUACAUUAAAUACUAACCAUCGAUAGCCUGAGGCGACUGUGCAAGCAGGGAACGGCGAGACGGCAAGUAUGUGUGUCAGUAAAUUACUUGACGUUGAAGAACAUGUAUGGUCACCAAUGUACGGUCUCAAAGGUAAUAUUGAUGCAACCGUUCAGGUCACAAUGCAGGAUGGCAACAAGCAGCGGACAUUGACUGUUCCUUUCGAAGUCAAGACUGGCAAAAACCCUAGCGCCUCUCACCGAGCGCAGACGGCCCUCUACAACCUUUUAUUAUGCGACCGCUAUGAUAUGGAAGUUGCAUAUGGCAUUCUUUACUAUAUGGAGACCUCCGAAACGAUAAGGAUUCCCAAGAUCCAGCACGAGUUACGACAUAUGAUCAUGCAACGAAACGAACUGGCUUGUUUUGUUCGGGAACGCGACGCCCAAUUACCGCCUAUGCUUAAGAAAGAGCACAUGUGUGGUCGAUGUUACGCAAAGGUGCCUUGCUUCAUUUAUCACAAACUGGCCGACGAUGGAAAUGGAGAGACCAGUGGCAUGAAAGAUAAAUUUGAUGAGGUGGCAAAGCAUCUGACUCCCAAACAUAAGGAAUUCUUCCUCAAAUGGGAUGACCUUCUCACGAAAGAAGAGAAAGAAAGUCUCAAGUUUCGAAGGGAAUUAUGGACUAUGCUUAGUUCGGAACGAGAGAAAUUGGGACGAUGUUUCUCAAAUGUUGUUGUUCAGCCUGGAUCGGGCUACGAAGAAUUGGGCAACGCCAAGAUCAAUCGGUAUAACUACACUCUCAUGAAGCCAGAGGUGUCUGCUGAUUUUUCUUUCCUCGCGUCGCAAAUUAUUGUGGGAGAACCGAUUGUUAUUUCGGAUGAGAAGGGUCACUUUGCGCUUGCGAAUGGGUAUGUCACCAAGGUACAGAAAGAUAGGAUCACGGUUGCCGUUGACCGUCGUCUACAUAAUGCGCGCAUCCGUCAGGUUGGGUUUGAUGAAACGAAUAAUCAGGUAUUUACUAGCAUCAUGCAAGUUGGAGUAUCUCCAACUCAGUUGAUGGAAGGGAAAUCAGAGGAAGAGCCAAUUCGAUAUCGCCUCGACAAGGAUGAAUUCAGCAAUGGAAUAGCUACCGUGCGAAAUAAUCUCAUUCAGGUCAUGGCUGAUGGCCCUAUCGGUUCUCGUCAUAUUCGUGGAUUGGUUGUUGAUCUCAAUGCGCCUAGAUUCAAGAACAAGUCGACUGCUUAUACGCUGAAGGAAGGCGAUGCUAUCAACGGCGACCAGAGAAAAGCCAUUGAAAAGGUCAUGAGUGCUGAGGAUUAUGCUUUGGUACUUGGAAUGCCGGGUACCGGAAAAACGACAACGAUUGCACAUAUCAUCAGAGCCCUCGUCUUGCAAGGAAAGAGUGUUUUACUUACCUCGUAUACGCACACUGCAGUGGAUAACAUCCUGUUGAAACUGAAAGAUGACCAUAUGGGCAUCCUGCGCCUGGGCACGUCUGCGAAGGUCCAUCCGGAUGUACGCGAAUUCUCAACUCUCGCAGCGACGCCCAAGAAGACUUUUGAUGAGAUCAAAAGCGCCUGGCACGAUGCCCCUAUUGUAGCAACCACCUGCCUGGGUAUCAACCACGCCAUCUUCACCGAAAGAACAUUCGACUACUGCAUCGUAGACGAAGCAUCUCAAAUCACUCUUCCCGUCUGUCUAGGACCUAUUCGCCUCGCCAAAACCUUCAUCCUCGUCGGUGACCACAACCAACUCCCACCACUCGUCCAAAACGAAGAAGCUCGUCUGGGUGGUCUGGAUAUCAGUCUCUUCAAACACCUCUCCGACACCCACCCCAGCUCCGUCGUCUACCUCGAACACCAAUACCGCAUGUGCGAAGACGUCAUGGCCUUGAGCAACAACCUAAUCUACAACGGGCGUCUAAAAUGCGGCAGCAACACCGUCGCUCAACGCCAACUCACCAUCCCCAACCUGACCGACGGCCUCAAAGCCCACCACUUCACGCCCGCAACCCUCUCCCACACCCAGAAAUCCUUCUGUCGGUCCGCAAACACGAAUUCAUGCUGGCUCCGCCAAAUGCUCGACCCCCGCGCCAAAGUCCGCUUCCUCAACACCGACCCCCUCCUCCCCGCAUCCCGUGAACAAGCACGCGGAAACCGCAUCGUCAACCAAACUGAAGCAUCCCUCUGCACCCAACUCGUCGAAGCCCUCCUCACCGUCGGCGUCCCCGCGGAGUCUAUCGGCGUAAUGACACACUACCGCUCUCAGCUCGCGCUCCUCAAGGACUCCUUGAGACACCACAAGGAUGUAGAGAUGCAUACCGCUGACCGCUUCCAAGGGCGUGACAAGGAGGUUAUCAUCCUUAGUCUGGUGCGCAGCAAUGAAGCGGGUUCCAUUGGUGAGCUCCUGAAGGAUUGGAGACGGGUUAAUGUCGCUCUCACCCGCGCGAAGACGAAGUUGUUGGUUGUUGGCUCGAGGGAGACGCUUUCUGGCAGGGGAGGAGGGGAGGAGGAGAUGAUCCAUCGGUUUGUGGGGUUAAUGGAUGGAUGGGGGUGGAUUUUUGAUGUUCCCCCUGAGGCGAUGACGGAGCAUUACUUUGAGGUGGGCGCGACGCAGGUUAGUGGGACGGCUUGUAGUCGGGUAGGUGCGACGCAGUUGAGAUCUUUGGAACAGGGAGGGAUGAAGAGGAAGGUGGGUGGUGGUGGUCUUGGGGAGGACGGGGAAAAUGAAAAUGGGAGGGCGUGUGGGAAGAGGGUUCCGAGGAAGAGUGUUGUUGGGAUGAAGCCGUAUAAGAUGCCCAUGCAGGGGGUGUUGAGGGAUAUUGUUAAUGAUGCUGUGGGGUAGGAGGGCCUUGUUCUGGUGUCCUUGUCUUUUCCCGUGCUGGGAUGUUUGUGUUGUUUUGUUUGCAUGGGUUAGGUUGGUUGGUUGAGAUAUGAUAUCCUUUGGUUGGCUGUGGAAAGGGGAAGGUUGGAAUAUAUAUACGGUAUGUAUACGGCAUGGAUAUAUUACGCAUACAGUACAGUAUUCUUCAGGGAUAAAUCGGUCAGUUUGUCAGUUGUGAGCGUGGUGUUCGGUGUUUUUUUCCUUUCCUUUUUUUCUCUUUGGUAUUGUUGUUUCAGUAUAGCUAUGUUAGAUAGCCGGGGGGCGGGCGUGGGUUGUAUGGAUAUGGGUGGGAGGAUUGAGCUUGGGUGAUUGAGCUUGGGUUCGGGAUUGAUGAUGUACUUGAGCGAUACUCUGGACUACAGUAAAAAUAGAUAGAUGGAGAUGGUUUACUUGAUUACAUCCGAUGUCCCAGUACGCUGGUAAUUGAG